AAGUGCGUGGUAGUUGGAGACAAAGAGCCACGCGCAUCAUAUUUUUCGUGACAUGGUGGGUGGUUCUGUUAAAGUCCUUUAAAAAGAUACGGAGAUACACAGACAGAGAGAACGGGAGUGGGCAAAUCCACGGCACCAUGACGCACGGGUCAGAGCAUCUCCUUCAGUGAUGCUCCAUUGAAUCAUUUAUCUACAGAAAACCAGUACUGCUCGAGACAGUUGCCAUGGACUCUCUCGGCUGUCUUGUCUUACGGAUAUCGGUUCUUCUGUACGGCACUUGCGGGGUUCUUGCAUUCAUACCGGGAAUAACGGAACCGGAGUUCAUCCGCCGGUGUGUGCUGGCGCACAAUGCGCACCGCUCGCGCGUCUCUCCACCUGCGGCCAGUUUGCACUCUAUGUCAUGGGACAAUGAAUUGGCCAAAGGAGCAAGGGACCGGGCGAGACACUGCAAGGCCUCUCACGCCCCUUCCAUGGCACAUUUCGGACACCCAAUGUUCGGGUGGAUGGGGGAGAACAUCUGGUUAGGAGUUCCCUUUUCAACCUUCUCAGUGGAGAACGCCAUACACAGAUGGAAUAAAGAGGGAGCAUAUUCUCUCAAAACAAACAACUGCUCGAGAUUGUGUGGCCACCACGCACAGUUAAUGUGGUCUACGAACUUCAAGGUGGGCUGUGCUGUUAACGUGUGCACUAAAGGAAUCGAAAACUUCUCCUCACAUCCGGAAUCCACCAUUUUUGUCUGCAACUAUGGCGAUUCGGGACAAGUUCAUGGUGUGACUCCAUAUAUACCAGGUGUGGCUUGCAGCGGUUGUGGCUCAGAGAUCUGUCGAGACAACGUCUGCAGAUAUGAUUGGUUCCCUGGUUGGGACUAUGGCCCCACCUCUUCAGCCCAAAGUGUCUCCAAUUGGCUGAUGUAUGUUGGACUACAAGGAGUUUGUUGGCUUCUUAACUUUUAUGCAACACAUUAAUGUCAUUCUGUUAACCUGUUCUGUUCCAUUUCAAACUCCUCGUCAAUUUUUAUUUCUUCAAUUAACAUUGUCGAAAACAAUAAUAAAAUGUGAAGAAAAUUUCUCUAUAGCAAAUAUAUAUAUAUAUAAACUGUAUAUAAACACUGUUUGCUCACUGUGUACCACAUUUAUUUUAGUAUCAUACACAGUAGGUCUACACGUGCAUUAUUUAAAGACUCUUUCACGUAAGUACACUGUAAAAAAUAUUCCGUAAAUUUUACGGUAAAAAACCGGCAGCUGUGGUUGCCAGAACUUUACCGUCAAAAGUACGGUUGCAACGUUAUUGGUUUUACGGGAUUGCACCCACUGUACCGUAUAUUUUACAGUUAAUAAUUUUCUUUUUUACGGUUCAUAACUGUCUAAUUUACUUGUUUAUGCUGUUAUAAAAACAGUUUAUACCUGUCAAAUUCCAGGAUUUACAUUGUAUUAAUUACGGUUCAUAACCAUCUUUUUUACAGUUCAGCACUUUCUAAUUUAAAGGUUUACAUUGUAUUAAUUACGGUUCAUAACCAUCUUUUUUACAGUUCAGCACUUUCUAA